CCAAGAUUAGAAUUUAGAAGCCGCCAUUGGGGAUACACACGCUCAAAUUUGCAUUGUCACACGCUGGAGUCGUGUUCUUUGCAGCCGUACCUAUAGUGAAUUGUCCACUAAAUCAACCGAAAAUGUCGCGCUACGAUAGAGCUAUCACUGUUUUCUCACCAGAUGGCCAUCUGUUUCAAGUAGAAUAUGCGCAAGAGGCUGUUAAAAAGGGCUCUACGGCUGUUGGGGUUCGUGGCAAAGACAUAGUGGUCCUUGGCGUGGAGAAGAAAUCAGUGGCCAAACUGCAGGAGGAGAGGACAGUCAGGAAGAUAUGUGUCCUUGAUGAUCAUGUGUGCAUGGCUUUUGCAGGCUUGACCGCAGAUGCCCGCAUCAUUAUCAACAGAGCCCGCAUUGAGUGCCAGAGCCAUCGGUUGACUGUAGAAGACCCAGUGACUGUUGAAUACAUCACACGAUUCAUUGCGCAGCUCAAACAGCGUUACACACAGAGUAAUGGGCGGCGGCCGUUUGGUCUCUCGGCACUCAUCGUAGGAUUUGAUCUAGACAAGACACCGCGGCUGUACCAGACUGACCCUGCUGGGACUUACCAUUCCUGGAAGGCAAAUGCCAUCGGCAGGAGCGCAAAAACCGUCCGAGAGUUCCUUGAGAAGCACUGGACCGAUGAACUGGCUGAGAAAGAGCACGACACGAUCAAGCUGGCUGUCAGGGCGCUCUUGGAGGUGGUGCAGUCUGGCGCCAAGAAUAUCGAGCUGGCCGUCAUGAGGAAAGGGGAGAGACUGACGAUCUAUGAAACAGAAGAAGUUGAGAAGUACGUGGCCGAGAUCGAGAAGGAGAAAGAAGAGGAAGCAGAGAAGAAGAAACAGAAGAAAACCACCGGCCAGUCGUCAUAAUCUUCAUUUUGUUAGUGUUAUAGUGUUUGUUCACUCCCUGCUGUUGUUUUUUUUAUUUUAUAGAAGCCGUAGGAAAAGUACAUGUAUGAACCUAUUCGUGGGUUUAAAACAUUAGUCCCUGUACCACUCCAAACUGUCCAAUCAUUGUGUUGUGUUUUGAAUUCAUUACAGAAUAAUGUAAUACAAUGUUGUACAGGUGUGAAUGGGUUAAAUUAAUCCCAAGUCAUGGAUCAAACUUAUCCCCAUUCAUAAGGCAGGGUUCGACUUUGGCGGUAGCCCGCUAGCCAAAUGCUAGUCAAAACAGCGGCGGGCUAGUCAAACUAUUCCUUAAGUAGCCCGGCUGGCGAGUCCAAAAUU